GUGACUAGUAAAGAUUAUAAAAUUCCCCAAUUCACAGGAUAAAAAUAAGUCGAUAAUAUUAGUUUAAACUGUAACAACUGAUAGAUUGAUCGAUACGUAUAUCAGCGCUUAUGUAAACUUUGAUAGCAAAACACUUUCCGAAAUAGAUUUUCAAUAAUAAUAAUCGCUAUUGAAGCUUGUAACAAGGAUUCGUCAUUCUGAUAUGAGAUAGCUUUCGAAAAUACGAAACAAUGAUAUAAGUUAGUUAUUAGUGAACCGUUCCAUUAGUUUGGAAAAGACUUCAUAAAACAUAAUUUGGGAGAUUCUACGAAUAUUUAAAAUGACUGGAUCAUGGAAAGACAACUUCAAAACAUCAAAUUUUUGGCCGACUCAUUUUAAUCCAGAAUUGUUUAUAAUGUCCCAGUGGCAGUCAGAUAAGGAAACGCCCAGUUUAAUUUACCUCUGCGUCAGAUUAGCGGUUUUCGUAAGCUUCUUUGUCAUAUGGAUAUUAACGUAUACCAUGGAACCAUCUGCUGGCAAACCAAGAUGGCCUGUGUUUCUAACCAAUUGGGGAAUGACUCUCAACGUGCUACAGUCAUUUCUGUCUUGUCUUAUGCUAACUUGUGCUAUAAUUGGUACAAAGGUGCUCGACAAUGACGCAUUGAAAGAAAGCGUUUUGAAAUGCUACAAAACAUAUUGGGUUCUCAAUGUUAUGGCUACCAGUGUUGCUUUUACUAUUACAUUUAUUUAUUGGACUCUUAUCUAUAAACAAACUGGUUCGUAUUGGAGUACCAUGAAUUUUAUGGUGCAUGGAUUCAACUCAGUACUCAUGUUUGUUGAUUUUUGUCUGGUAGCCCAUCCAGUACGCUUCUUGCAUUUGAUCUAUCCUAUCGCAAUAACAUUUGCUUAUACUAUUAUGACUGCCAUUUUCUAUGUAUGUGGAGGAACCAUGAGGGACGGAUCUAGAUAUAUCUACCCGAUUCUAAAAUGGGAUCAACCCGUCCCAACAAUUGGUUACUGCGCAGCUGUGCUGAUUCUUUUGACAAUUAUGCAUAUCACUACCUUUUUCUUGUACAAACUUAAAACAGUAAUUGGCAAUUGUAUAUUUGGAGAAGACUCGAUGAUACCUGACGGUUUUGAGGAACAAUCAACAAAAAUGAUGGUAGUUUAAAAAAAAAACUAACUUACUUUUGAUGGGGCAAUUUAUCAACAAUCCCAAUAUCACCAAAAUAGAAUGUGCCUGUUCGACACAGCAAUAAAAGACUGAUCAGAAAAUAAGAGAAAUAAUCUAGUGUAUUGACAAUCUGUCGUUUAUGCUAGUUUUCUAUUUACAAUAUCUAAUUAAUAAAUUGUUUUAUGAUAAUUUAUAGAUUUCAUUUGUCUUGCCUACUAUGUAAUACAUUUAGAAUAA